AUGAGUGAAAAUAAUGAGGAUAAUCAAAAACAAAAUCAACUUGAAAUUAUAAGUAUAAAAGAUAGAAGUGAUGAGAGUGAUAAAAUUGAGAUUUAUUCAGAAAGUAAUUAUCUUGUAGGUGUUUUUAGUAAUUCUUGUGAGAAUUUGUAUGAAAAUGAUCAUUAUUCUGAAAGUAUAGGAAGUGAAAGUACUAAUUAUGAAGAUAGUGAUUAUCGUGGCUGUCCAUGUUCACAUUGUUUUCGUAGAUGUCAUAGCCCUGAUUAUGAAUCUUUAGAAAGUAGUUUUUAUACCGAUACGAGAUCUUCUCAAUUUACAAAUAGUGAUGGCAGUUUUGAUGAAAAAUCAAAAGAUCAAAGUUCUAAUUUCUUUUUUGAUAAAUCUAAUAGACUUUCUAGUGAAAAUGAUUCAAAGUCAAAUGAUUCUGAAUGUACUCUUUUAAAACCAAAACCAAUUAUAGAAAUUCAAUCACAAACAAACUCAAAUGUUGAUAAUUUAACUGAUCUUUCUGAUGUAUCUAAUUGUAACUGUAUGUAUGGAUGUAGUAACUGUUGUAGUGAAGAUCUUUACAUGGAAAAUGAAAUUGAUUACUAUUAUGAUGAUAUACCAUUUUGGUCUUCAAAAAGUGAUAGUAGUUUAUAUGAUAUAAACCUGAGUAAUUUGGGUUAA